UGUUGAGUUGCGAGUUGUGGAAGACGGUCAGAAAGUUGUGCAGCAAGCGUUGGACUCAUACCGAUUAUCGUCGUUGUCGUCGUCGUCGCCGUCUAGAUUAUACUCUAGCCGAAGAAACGCGUACGCGAAAUACGGUUGUUUUAUUCUGAGACUUUUAUUCGUCGUCGUCGUUCAUUUUGACGUGGGAUUUUAGUGAACUGGAGAAUAAUAAACAGUGGUAGUGAUCGAGAUUGGUGAUUUGGUUACAAUUUUAGUGACGAAAUACUAGGAAGAUUGUUUAAUUGAAAGUGAAAAAUCUACGGUUUCUGUCCAAGUGCCUGUGGUUACUAGAUUCUGUGAAUAGAGUUGGGUCACUGGAAGAGAAGUGUGUGUUUUAAAGGUGGAACGAUUUUUACUCGAAGAGUAGGCUCUUAUGUACAUCGUCUGAAGAAGAGUGAAGUCAAGUCAGUUUCCGUUCGCCGAAGUUUUGUGCGCAAAGUGUAUUGGUGUGCAGACGGGCGUGUGUGCGUUAAUCGUAAUAGUGCAAAACAUUCUGAAAUCUUGCCUUCCGCUUUGGUCUCGUGUUCGCUAUCUGGAGAAUUUCAACUCGAAGCGAAGGUCUCCUGCGGAGCCAGAAGAAUCUUCAUCGACAACAUCUACCAUAACAACAGCUGCGGAGUGGUCUCUACGAGGAACGUCGACUCUGCGAAUUAACCUGCGUUCAACAGCGCAGUAAUCAUCGACCAGCAACAAUCAGCAAUUGAAUAUUUUCUCCAACGAAAAUGUUCAUUUUGUAAACCGAAAGGGGUGCGAUUGACCCCAGAAAGUCAAGCCAAGCCAAACCGACCCGGGCUCAUCGGAAAACGGACGCAAAAUGCCGGUUUUCGCGAACUGCCAUCAGUUCGGAGAGCGCCUAGGACUCCACCACUUCUUCCUUCGAUAAGAAGCCGGACCAGGAGACCUUCAAACGACCGGAACGGAUCAGCUUUAGAGCACACAAACGGACACAGGCAAUCCCUACACGGAAUUAUCGCAAACGGAACAUCGUAACAAACAGACUGAGAAAUCGCCAUGAAACCGCCAACUGCAGAGGACUCCGCUACGCCGGUCAAGUCUGAGAUGUCGACUUCCGGCACGGGUAGCGGAACGCCCACUACGGUGGCGUCCACAUCGACGCAAACCCAAGCACAACCACAGCAGACACCCGGCGGAGGAACCGGAAGCAACACCUCAAACGCCUUCGGGACGGUGAAAUAUCGGAUCAAACCGCCAUCGGCAGCACAUGCCACGUCGUCGUCGACGGCAUCCGGACCCCCCAACGCUGGAUGCUUCAUCAAGCCUUCGCUGUCGCUAAACUCACUGCCACCGCAAGGUCCCCACGAGGGGUCCGAGAUGGCACAAAACAGACUGAGAAUCGAUCGGCCAUACAAUAGCUUAAAGAAAAAGCGCGACUCAGAGCGCGAACUGUGGCGCCGGUCGUGGGGCAGCGGGCACAGCCAUAGCUCCUGCAGCUUGCAGAGCAGCAUCACGACCGGCAUCGGCAAAGACGACUUCUGGGCGGCACUGCAGACCAACUACAAUUUUAUCAUGGACACGAACCUUCUCGACAGCUGUCGGGAAGCGCGAGGCGAAAUCGAAGGGUCCGUUGUGCGACCCCGGGAGGACCACAUGGACUACUAUCGGAGGGCCAUGUUCAAACCCUCUCCGAUGCAGACGUUCUACGGAGAUCCCCGCCUGCUGCGGCAGUGGAUCAGGGAGAUGGAGAUUCGCAUUUCACGGAUUCCUUCGAUUACGGAGACGAAGCGGUUGAACACGGAGCAGUUGCUGAGGCUCUCUGGAGAACAUUCGGAAAUUUACCGUGAAAUAGAGUCCAACUCGCGCGCCGUUGCGGCCUGUGUCCGUGCCUACGAGAAGAAAGCGGCCAAAGCCAGCCGAUUCUCGGCCAACAUAUCCGGCGUGACCAGCGUGGGAUCGUCGACGCUCAAUACGACCGCCUCGGAGUUCGGAGGACCCAAUUCCGGUUCCGGUUCCCUGACCCCGGAGGUUGACGCCCAACCGGGGACUACGUACUACGGUGGUGGCAAGCUCAGCAAUAAAGCGAAGGAGAACAGCGGCAUCAAAGGGCUCGAGAGACGCUACUAUCUGCUGUACUUGAAGGCGUACGAAAUCCGGUGUCUGCUGGAGGGAUUAUUGGACACCAAAACCUCGAGCUCAGAUAACAACGCUAGUCUUUCGGAUACGGAUGAAGAACCGGUCAACAAGCAGGCACGACUGAGUUCCAGUGUCAAGUCAAAAUCGUCCGAUUCGCUGCAGAAUGAGUGCUUGAGCGGCGAAGAAUGGGUUAAAGGCAAGAAGCUCUCCAACGCUGGUUUCGAUGCCGAUUCCGAGGGCAGCGACUGUGAAAUUGUACCGAAAAUUAUCACCUAUCACCACCACCACCAGAACUCAGCGACAACGACGGCCACAACGAACACGCCGUCGACUCCCCCUCCAUCCGCCGCGAACCUAUUGCUCGCAAGCCAAGUGAACCCUAUGAUGGAAGCAGCGGACAUUCAGAACCUAUCGACGAACACGAUCACCAACGGCAACACGGCAAACUCCCCGGCGACUCUCACGUGCGCAAAACUGUCCGGCGAGGACAUUAUCGAUGGCAUCCUGCGGGGAGCCACCGCACAGGACCUGAUCAACAACAACGAGAACAGCAGCAGCAGCAACAACGAGAACUCCAACCCGCUGAAGCUGAAGAAGUCCUCGUCGCCGAAGCAGAAUGGCAAACAGAAGCGGAGCAAAACCAGCGAGGCCAAGUUCAAUCGGUCCACGCGAAAGUCGAAAAAUUGCGCCACGUUCUACUUUAAGCAUUUGGACACCGAUUCGGAAUUAAACAAGGACUCGAGCGAACGGACCAAGUCCGAGGAGUCGUCCAGCUCGUCGGAAGGGGAUGAGUGGGUGUACAAUAACGGUGACGAUGGUCAGGGUGGCGAAAUCAGCCAGGACAGCAGCUCCGGAGGUGAUCAAGCAACCAAGUCCUCAACGGAGGUGAUCCCACUAGGUGACGACGAGGACGAAAAGGAGAACAAACCGGGCGAGAGGAGACAGGAACAGCACUCAGCCAUGGCCAUUGGGAAGGAUGUGAAAUCGAAGCGGAGUCUGGACUUUACGAAGGAAUCGUUGGUCGGUGGCGUUACGCUGAGCACGCGCCCGCUGAUGAUGACGUCGAUCGGGAGCUUCGGCAAAAGUACCGACUCGGUGGAUAGCAACGGAAAAGGAGGAUCGUUACUCUCGGCCAAGCAGCAAUAUGCAACGAGUCCAACGAUCCAAAGGUUAGUGCUGCAUGCCGAAACGCUCGUGCGUGACGAAAUCUUCGCAAAGACACCCAAAACUGUGGUGAAGAAUCCGCACUAUCUGCAUCACUAUCAUCACAAUCAUCAUCAUCAUCAUCACGGUAGUGUCAGUGGCAGCAGUUCCAACAGCCAUCAUCAGCUGUAUCACAAGUCUCAGCAGCAACAACAGCACCUCCAUCACCAUCAUUCGUCAACGACUCCGUCAUCGCGCCACCUUCAGGGCACUGUUAGCGGCGUCGGCGGAAUCAACACCAACAGCAGCAGCAGUCGGAAGGCGGAGAAAGUGAUGAGCAAUCUCAAGAUCAACCGGAUCGAGGAAUGGCUCGAGAAGCAACCGCUGGACGUGGCCGCCACUGCGCCGAUCCUUCCGGGAUCCGCCCCCACGACGGAUUGCGAAGCGUCCGGUGAGUACACCGAUUCCGACUCGAUCGCUCGCGACACGGACAGUUCGGAGGGCCUGGCCAACUCCGUUGCCACGUGCCUCCAGGGCGAUCAAACCUCGCAGGAGAUGCUCACCGACAACGUGUACCCCUCGGAGACCUCCAACAUCUCGAACGACGAAGUCGAAUCCAAGAACAACUCCAACUCGAACACUUGCCUGGUCAAACGACGGGUCAACAAAUCCACCGCCGAGAGGCCGUGGUCCGUGUCGUGCAUUUCCCAGCUGAACACGUCCGCCGUGGAAAUCAACCAGUACGGGGAGAGGCGCGAGACGCACUCCAACCAACGGCUGACGGCGAGCUUUUCAAUUAGCGAGUCUGCGCUGAACACGAUGUCGCCGAUGCGGCCCGGGACGCUGAAGCAGACGACGAGCAGCGGCAAUGGGAGCCAACUGGCGGUCAAGAGUUCGGACAGCAAGGGAUCGCUGAAGAAGCGGAAGCUGCGCGCGAGACGCAAGAAUCGCAUCGACGAGUCCGGCUCGGAUGAAUCGCAACCAGCGCAGCAGUCUUCAACGUUGCACCUUCUACAGCACUCGUUAAUCCUGCAGCACCAGCAACAACUGCUCCAGCAGCAGCAACAACCUUUGAGGGAAAUUCAACUAUCGGCCGGAAGUAGCAGUGGAAGUGGCGGUCGCCAGCAGCAUCAUCAGCAUCAUCAGUCCAGCAGCAGUCAUCGAGGGGGCCUCCUGAAGUCGGAGUCCUUUUCCGGACGGAUUCGGCUGUCGGAUGACUUGGUCACGCUGUCGUCACUGUCCGGGUCGUCUGGAUCGCGCAAAUCGUCCUCUGCUCGGCAGACGACGAGGUCAACGGCCAUGACGACAAUGAUGGCCACCGUAUCGACGAAGAAAUCCGCUCCGGAUAGCGAAGAGGAACAUCAACAGCAGCAGGCACUGAUGGCGAAGCCAAACUUUAAAAUCGGUUCCGUCACGCGCGCUCGCUGCGGCAGUCUCAAUCUAGGAUCAUUAGCCGCGUUGGCUAAUUAUAAUCUAGAUGGUGUGGAGCGGAGUGAGGCGGACCUCAACGGAACGGGAACCGGGACCGAGGAGAUGAGCAGCUUCUCGGAGCAAGCAUGGGACAACUACCAGGAGAAGUACAUGAGCGAACCGUACUCGGAGGAUCGGGACACGGACGCCGCCCGGCGGUUGCUGGACUUUGGAGAUGAUUACAGGAAUUUUAUCGAUUCCCAGUCGGACUGUGCGUCGUCGUCGCUUUCGGCGGCCAACAUGGACUCGCUGUCGCCACCGCGAUUCCGAAAGAACGAUUCGCUCAGCAAAAGUUCGGAGCCAAACACGAACUCGCUGAACCGGCGGAAGCGAUUGGACGAGUACCGGAUGGAUGAUCGCUACAGUCACAACAUGAACUCGUGGUCCAGCAAGUCGGGCAGCCCGCCGCAUCAUUCGCUGGACAAGACGCUCACCUCCAGUCGAGGCAAGCACCACGUCCUGUACGAAAGUCCCGAUCACUCGCCGAGUGGUAGCAGCGGAGGAGGUGCCGGAGUAGGUGCCCUCAGUGGAAGUGGUCGUCGGCGGUCACUGCGCUCGGUGGACAAACACAACUCGUUCCUGCGGUCGCUAUCGCACGAGACCAGCUCCAGCUCGAACAACGAGUUCGACGAGGACAUGGAAGCGGAGAUGAAGAAGCUGCUGAUCCAGAGCAAGCUGCGGCUGGCCAACACCGAAGCGCUGAAAGCCAAAUCGCACCUGCUGAAGCCGGAGGACUAUGACGAAAUCAUCAAGACGUGCCGGGAGAACGUUCGCUGUCUGGAAACGGUGCUGCUGUCCCAGCCGGGAACCGUACUGACGGCGGCCAAGUGCCAAGACUUGCGAGAUACGAUCCACUGCUGGGAGAAGUUGCUGAGCUGGAGCGAACGGCGACAGAUUACGACCCGGUUCCAGGCGGAGAUCCAAUCGCUGAAGGAUGUGCUGGAGGAUUUGGGCAGCAAGGCGUUCGACUUCUCGUCGGAAGCCCACAUACAGCUGGCCAUCGAUCAGCUGAAGAAUGAACGCAAGGUGCUCCAGAACCAGCGGCCCAAGAUGCUGACCAUGAAUGCCGCCGUGCACAACUGGGUCUCGGCCCAGGAACAGCAGCGCAAGGAACUGCUGGACGAUUCGAGCAUCGACGCCCAGAUGGAACAGCUCGACCGGGACAAAAACUUCACCAAAUGCACCAACCAGAAGUGCGGCGCCUGUUACGAUUGCCUCAAUGAACUGCGCGAGGAUUGCUCAAUCAAUCGGGACCUGAAGGACGGAAUAAGCAUGCUGUACGCCACCUGGGAUGAGGCGGAAGUGAGGAUAAGGAACCGAAUCGAGAACCUGUCCAGUUCGAUGAUGACGUGGAAGCAACUGGAGGACGGUCUGAGCGAUUUCAAAGACAUCCUCGAUCGGGACCGUGGCAAACUUCAGGGGAUCGAAGGGGCCCUGCAAAGCGGGGCCGGGAGGACUGACGAAAUGGUCAAUAGUGUCAAGGAAGUUGUCAAAGCUCUGUCCGAGAAGGCUGAGCCGCUUUUUCAGGAGCAUGAUAUCGCCGUUCCGGUCAAUCUUAAGCUCUCGUCGAGUGGGUCUCUUUCUGAUAGUGGCAUUUCCGAUGGUGGUGGCAUGUCUGAUGGCAGUCUUUCUGAGCGAGAGAAACGAUUGAGCGCACUGAAGAGGCUGGUCAAGCAGUUGGAAGUGGCCCUCGCUCCGGGAAGCGAAGCCAUGCAGACGAUCACCAAGCGGCUGGAAAUGGCCGAGCACGAUCUGCGCUCGCUGCAGAACACCUGCCGGAAGAUCAUCAUGAACGAGAAAGGCGGUGACGAGGGCGGAAGCAGAAACGGUGGGGAGAGCGAUCGGGGCGAAAGUAGUAACAAUAAUGAUGCCAGUGUGAAGAACAAGAACAAAACCAAGGGAAGCAAAAAGAAUCGCAACUCCAGCCCGGCGAAACCCGAUCGGUCCCGGUCCCGAUCCAACCAAUCCCUGAACGAAACGGACUCGGAAGAAACCCGUCUGCACCCGGAGGUGCAAACGGAAACGCUAACCCAUCAGCAGCAACAGCGUCAGGAACAUCUGCAGCAUGCCACCGCCACCCAGUUGGGUCUGAUUCAUACCACCAAAAUGAAACUGUCCCAGAACCGGUGGGUGUGGCGAAUCACCAAGAUUGCCGUUCCGGUGCAGUUGGCUCUGGUGCUGGUCAUGUGCGCGGCAUGCUUCUUCGAACCGCACUGCUGCGAUGCCCUCAAUACGUACUCGAUGAGUUUUACGCCCCAGUUGCGUUACAUCAAGGGACCUCCUCCGGUGUAAUGCCGGAUCCGGUCACUUAACUUUUCCUUCGCUUCGGCGAGGGGAAAAUGAAUUGUUUUUUUUUCUGUUUGUUUAUGGAUUUUACGCGGAUAAUUUUUAUAUCCUGGAGAUAUAGAAUAGUUGUGCAUUACUGCCUAGCAUGUAAGGAAACCACUUUUUAAUCGCAAAUUAUUUAUAAAGCAAACGUACCGCAAUAUUAUCCUUCGUCAAAAGGGUUCAAUAUUUCAAAAAUAUUUGUACCAUACCACUAACUUCGUUAUUUUAUAGGAAGUGAAGAAACCGGAGUGCUCUUAGAAGGUAAACUUACACUGUUUCUUAUUUCACUAGGUUUAAGAUGAAUGAAAGUACGAAAUAGGUCAGAAUCAACUAAACGUAUCAUAUGGAAACCGUCGUUGGGUGUCGAACAAUGAUCGGAGAUCAGGUACCCGCGACAAAUUGCCGCCAUGCGUGAACGAGUGAAGGCAAUAGCUACACGUGUGUGCCUUCAGCGUCCAGCAAAACCGAUUACCAACCAUUCUUUUGUUAAGCGUAGAUCAUUGUUUUCAUAUUCGCAUUAGCUAUACAAAAUAGCCUUAAUGAACUCAGCAAACAGAGUAAAUGUUCCUCCAUUAACAUUUAUGAGUAAGACACUUUUUCUUGGGCAGUUUCCGAAAAUUAAACAAGUGUACUGUUUUUCCCUGCAUUCAAUGUGUACUUUUCUAACCAGUUGCAAUAUAUGUUUCGCAAAAAAACUACAGAAAACUGUCGCUAUUUUGUACAUUUUUGGGCGUUUCUAUUUACUAAUUUACAUUCUAAAUUUCGAUCUUUAGGUGUAUAUCUACCGAUUAUCAGUUGUAAAUCUAUCGAAUAUCAGAGAGCUAUCAAUAUUUUAACACGAAGAAAUGUAAAAUAAUUUGUAGAAAAUUACUUUCGUAUUUUUGGAGGGAUAACAUAUAAGGAGAACGCGUUUUUAGCGCAUCCCUCCGGUAAAUGUACUACUAGCUGCAUACGUGGAGAAACUUAUGGAAGAGAAAAAUAGAGGCGUUCAUUGAAAAUAUAUGUUUAUAUUUUUAAUAAAA